AUGGCAGAGGUGUCGCGAUGCCGGCCCUGCCACAUCACAGGCAACGUGCCCUGUGAGGAGGUGGUGCACAGCAGCGACCUGGCCAGCUUCCCGACCCACCGGAGACACUGGGGGCUGAUCCAUGCCUAUGAGUUUGUGGCAGACCAGCUGGCCUUCCAAAGCCCUCUGCCCGUCUGCUGUUCCUCCUAUGACGCCACCACCAAUUCCAACUAUGACCUUGCGCUAGUCAUGAUAGUAAAGACCUGCCCCAACCCCAGUCUACGUGAGGAGGCAACCAGAGUUGGCAAGAAAAAGAAAGAAAGAAAGAAAGAAAGAAAGAACCAGGAUACCACAGCCUGCUCUGUCCAGGACCCUUGGCUCUGUGAGGCAGGAGAUGCUACGUAUGGAUGCAUGGUGGAGAAGGAGACUGAGGAGCAGGCAGCCUUGGGGCCGAAAGGGGAGCAGGGCAGCUCCAGAGAACACAGCAGGAAAGUGAAGAGGAAAAUCCAUCAGGAGGAAGACAUCCUCCCAGGCCACUCUGAGCUUUCCAGGUCCAUGGAGAGCAACUGUAGGAAAGGAAAGAAGAAGAAGCCAGUCAGAACUGAGGUUCUAGAGUAUAUCCCACUAGGAGAUCACCCUAAAGCCACAGUGAAGAAGGAAACAAAGGCUAAGAAAAAAGAAGAAAAGCCAGUUCCAGCCAAACCUGCCCUGAAGAAAAGGAAGAAAAAGAAGAAGAAAGAGAGCACAGUAACGGUAGACUCUUGGAAGGAGGAGCCAGAUAGGGACCUGGUGGUGGUGAUGGAGAAGAAAGGCAACAUGGAUCAGGUGAGGCAAAAGGCCUUGCAAGAACAGAUUGAUCGGGAGUCAGGCAAGACAGGUGCAUCCGAACCCAGGAAGUGGACAGGAACCCAGCUUGGCCAGGGGGAUACUGCAGAUUUUGAAAACAAGAAACAGAAACUGAAAUUUCUCAAACUUAUGGGUGGCUUUAAGAAUCUGUCCCCUUUAGUGAGCCGCUCCCCUCAUGUGACUGCAAGGCCCAAUGUGGUCCUCAGCAAGGCAGCUGACAGCCUGCAGCAGCAGCUGCAGCAGUUGUAG